GGCUCUUGAGCUGGGACCGAAGCGCCAUGAAGGUCGAGUUCGCGCCGCUCAGCAUUCCCUGGCGGAGGAGAGCGCAGACCGCCGCCGUCUCGCAGUGGGUGUUCUCCUUCCUGGCCCUAGCACAAUGUUGCUGUGGAAUCUUCAUCAUCUUACUUCUGGGAGAUUACUGGUUCAUCUCGGUUUUUUAUGUCCUCUGGCUCUACCUUGACUGGGAAACCCCCCAGACUGGAGGGAGAAGAUCCGAGUGGGUCAGAAACUGGACCGUGUGGAAGUACUUUAAGGAAUACUUUCCAAUUCAACUCAUAAAAACCUCGGAUUUGGAUCCAAGCAAAAACUACCUCUUUGGAUUUCAUCCACAUGGCGUCCUUGUUGCUGGAGCCUUUGGAAACGUUUGUACAGAAUAUACAGGUUUUAAGGAAUUAUUCCCCGGUAUGACUCCAUACCUUCACACCUUGCCUUUCUGGUUCAGAUGCCCUUUCUUCAGAGAAUAUAUUUUGUGUGCUGGGCUGGUUUCUGCAUCUAAGAAGAGUGUGUCACAUGUACUGAGCAAUAAAAAAGGAGGAAAUAUUGCUGUGAUUGUAAUUGGAGGGGCAAGAGAAUCUUUGGAUGCUCGUCCUGGAAGCUUAACUCUUAAUAUCCUCAAGAAGAAAGGUUUCAUUGAGAUUGCUUUGAAACAUGGGGCUGAACUUGUCCCGGUGUUUUCUUUUGGUGAAAACGAACUGUUCAAACAGAUCGCAAAUCCUAAAGGAUCACGACUCAGGGCAUUGCAGGAGAGUCUGCGAAAGCUGGUGGGGUUUACUUUGCCUCUCUUUCACGGCAGAGGCAUUUUCCAGUAUAGCUUUGGCUUGAUGCCUUACAGGAAACCUAUUAACACUGUUGUUGGGGAGCCUAUCACUGUGAAACAGAAUCUGAAUCCCACCCUUGAAGAGAUUGAUCAGCUGCAUGAAAAAUACCUACAGGAACUACAGAAGCUAUUUGACAGCAACAAAGAAAAAUAUGGGAUACCAGAGCAUGAAUCUCUUACCUUUGACUAAAUGCAAGUACAGGA